CAUAUUGAGCGCAACGUUCCACUGUUUCCAGUCGACGAGUUCGGGUAUCCUGUCACUUUUCGUUACGUGUGCUGAGGAAAAGUUGUAACUGCGUCUUUGUGUGUGAAUUGUUGUUACAAACUGAACCAAAUAUCGUUACUUUUACUUCGUGUUUACAUUAAUAUUCACUAGGGAAUAAAUUUGGUACUUAAAAAAUUGUUUUAUGACACUUGGGGUCAGCAUGGAAGGGAAUCUUCUCAAUGAAAUUUCGUACCUAACUCGGUUGAUAGAGCAACAUAAAAAAAUCGGAAUCCAUGAUACUUCACUUGCCAAGCAAGAGGAUAAAAAGUUGUCCUAUCAAUCUCACUCUGCGUGUGCAAUGGAAAGACAUAACGGUAGCAAAUACAGUUACAUCAAGCAGUCGUUGCCGUCAGGAAUAGUUCACGUGAAUCCCAACUUCAAACCGAAAUUACCUAGGAUUCACGUCAACCCUAGAAUGGGAGCAAAGCCGUCGGUUCACCUUAAUCCAAACAUGAUGAAAAACUUUGCUGUUCAAAAUUUGGAUAAAAAGUCCUGUGGCCGUGUGGUUGUUGGACAAAAUUCAGUUUAUCAAACCAAAGUGAAAUCUUCUGUUCACAUCAAUCCAAGACUAAUGAAAGAACUCUCAUCUGUUAAAGAGAAACCAGAAAGUUUAGCAAAUCGGCUACAGAAAUGCGAUGCAGAUUUAAAGACGGCUGAAGCCGAUAAUAAUUUAGUAGAUCAAUCAAAAACAACACCUGUUAAAAUUAAUCCCACGUUAAAUCUGGGAGUAAAGAGAUUGAGCAAUUCUAAUUUGGUAUCACUGUCCCGAAGAAAACUUGUGAGGGUAAGAAGAUGUAGUAAAUCAGGACCUGCGAUUUCACCCCUAAACCCAGGGAAAGCCAGAAGAUUGACUAACUCUAAUUUGAGGAAAACUAUGGUCGCCACUAAAUACAAACUAGUUAUCGAACGUGUGGAUAUAUCUGGUACUUCAAGUGCAGUUCCACGAAGUCUGAAGAGUCGUCAAACUGGGCUGAAUAAAUACAAGAUUGAUCGAACCCAUCUUCAAAAAGUUAAGAAGAGAUUGUCCAUUGGCAAAAGUAGCGUCAAUCUUGCAAAUAAAAAGGCAUCGGGUUCUACGACUGGUUUAGUGCGGAUUGGUGGAAUAUUAUACAAAUCUUCAAGAAACCAACUGGUCCGCAGCCGAAACGAACCACAACCAUCAAAGAGAAAACGUUGUAUAAUAAACGUUAAAGGUGAUCGAUUUGUGAUGGCUAGCAAUGGUAAGAAACUUCGUAGGUUGUGCACAUCUGGGAAUAACUCUGGAAAUUUAAAGCGUCCCAAUCCAGUGUCCCGAGUCGAUAUUGGCGGGAUGACUUUUGUAGAAAGAGCACCCAAUGUUUUAGUGAGGGCACACACGAAACGCAGUAUUAGUACCAAGGUCAAGCAGCGGAGUAUACAAAUCUUGAGAAAUAAGAUGCGUAAGAAUAAUCAGCCCUGUUUGAUAUUCCAAAAGUUUGGGUAUUGUGCCGGUCAGGUGAAGAGUACCUGCCCUAGACUGCACGACAAGAAACAAGUUGCACUUUGUAGAAAUUUUCUACAGGGGAAAUGCUUGCUAGAUAACUGCCCGAUGUCGCACGCUGUCUGCCCUGAAAAGAUGCCCACCUGCAAAUAUUUUCUGGAGGGUUGCUGCAAUCGUGAUCAAUGCCCUUAUCUUCAUGUCAAGGUUUCACCCAACACCCCAAUAUGCACACAGUUUCUACAAGGAUACUGCGCCGAAGCCAAUAAGUGUAAACUGCGCCACGUGUACGUAUGUCCGGAGUUCGAGAGGUCGGAAAACUGUGCGAAAGGUAAGUAUUGUCCUUACCCUCACAAGUCCGGUUCAGCUGAACGUAAACAAUCGAAUAAGUCUUUCCAAAGAAAAGUAGUUGCCAGAAAAAAAACAACCAAAUCUGAAUCAACUGUCGAAGCUUCUUCGUGUGCUGAAGAUAGAAAACGAUAUUAUGAUGAAGCAAGUAGCUCCAAAGGGGAUAUAGAACAAAAGAGAAAAAAAAUUCUUGAUAGUGUUAAACUUAUGAAGAGAGUAAAAAUGGCUGAAAUGCUAGGCAAUAAUGAAGGAAUACACAAAGGUAAUGAUAGUAACGAAGCAACUGUCACUGAAACUAAUGAGAACAACGAUGAUUGUAUCGAAGAAGAUAGUUGUCCUAAGAGAACUCCCCUUGGUUCGCUACCUGCUUAUAUCCCGAUUGAUUAGUUAAUUGCUCAUUUUUGUUUACCAAUGUUUACCUCUGAUGAUACUGUCUGGGGAAAAAUUUUGAUCAAAUCACUUGCCAAAAUUUUGUACGAGUUGAUGAUGAUCGCAUUAAUUAUGAAGAAUUGUGUAUUAAAAUCAAUUUUCAAUGACCUGCGGAUUUUUUCCGAAUAAUAGUUUAAUUAUUGUCCAGUGCGUUGACCAACAUUUUUCUUUGUAAAUUACAUGAUGAAUUUAAUAGUCACAUGAAAUUUUAUUGAUACUCUGUUAUAAUUCAUAGCUUUUCCCAGAGAGUAACCGCUCAAUCUGUGAUAUUUGAAAAUUGAAUAUAACGAAUGUAAUAGCCGGAAUAGCCUAUACGUUCAAAAUAAAGUACUGAUUGUUGCAAAACAAUAUAUUUUCUAAUUUGUAAUCUAUGUAUAAAUAAGUACACAAUAAAGAUAUUUGGCAAU